AUGGAUGAGGCCAUCUCAACAUUCGUCACCAUCACGGGGGCGACACCCGAAGUCGCGAGCGGCUUCCUACAGAUAACCAAUGGAGAUUUUGAACGGGCGGUCGGAUUGUUUUUUGAGAACCCAGACCUUGCCUCGGGAGUUGGUGCUGGAAUAGUACCGUCUGCCUCCCGACCGGCAAAUCUGGCUCCGUCGACCCUUCGACCUAACGUGGGGCGAGAAGAUGCCGCCGGGGUCAUUCAUAUAAGCGACGACGAAUACGACGACAUGGUGGGAGAUGUGGAGGAAGAUGGCAACGGCAAUGGCGAAGACGAACGCGUUGCCAUCCAGCAUGCAGCUGCCGUGGCUCAGGAGGAAGAAGAUGCAGAGAUGGCAAAGCGACUGCAGGAGGAGCUGUAUCAGGGCAGUUCAGGGAGCCUAGGGGAGCAACAGGAAGUGAGGGCACCGAUUGCGCGAACGACCGAGACCCUUGUUGCCCCGUGGGAUGGCGGUCCGGACGACGAGGCACUGUUUUUGCGACAGCUUCAAAACAGAAGGCGCUCUCCCCCUCGAAGAGGAGGACCUUUUGGUCAGCGCAUAUGGGGAGACGCUUCCAGUUCGGGGAAUGCGGCGGAGAACGGGAGUCACGCGCGACGCCUGGAAGAUCUCUUCCGGCCACCCUAUGAUCUGAUGACCCGUUUGCCGUGGGAUGAGGCAAGAGCCCUCGGGAAGGAAGACAAGAAGUGGAUAUUGGUUAACCUUCAAGACAUGAACGAUUUCAACUGCCAGGCCCUCAACAGGGAUAUUUGGAAAGACGGCGCCGUUCGAGAACUCGUGUUGGAAAACUUCAUCUUCUUGCAAUACGACAAGGACUAUCCUGACUCUGAGGAAUACGUCACAUUCUACUUGCCCAGCCAGACGCAUGAGAACCCCGACAACUACCCGCACGUGUCCAUCGUCGACCCUCGAACGGGGGAGCAGGUCAAGGUGUGGACCGGCAGACCGUUCCCAAGCGCCGCCGACUUCCACGCCGAGCUGGCCGAGUUUCUCGACAGGUACAGCCUCGCUGCCAACAGCAAGAACCCUGUUGCCAAAGCCACAGCGAAGAAGCCGCCGGUAGUGGACGUAAACAGGAUGACCGAGGAAGAGAUGCUGGAAAUGGCGCUGCAAAACAGCCUGGCGGGCGGCGAGAGCAGCGGAUCGGCGUCGGCGGCAAACAUUCACGAUCCGGACGCCCUCACAAAGUCCCCGGGAGCCGGUGGAAGCGCUCAGGAAGCCAAAGGCAAGCAGCGCGAAGGGGCGCCCGAGGAAAGCGGCGGCUUUGCCCUGAUUUCGAGCGGCAGACGGCAUGUGGAGCCGGAAAACGACCCCGCGACAACCACCAGGAUACAGUUCAGGCAUGCCACGGGGCGCGUGAUUCGGCGCUUCCACCUGCGAGAUCCCGUGCGGCGGAUUUACGAGUGGCUCAAAGCCGAGCCGUUGGAGGGCAAGGCCGGUAUCGAGUUUGAGCUGAAGAAGAUGCCGCAAGGGCAGGACCUGAUGGAGAAGCUGGACAGCAGCAUCGAGGACAGCGGACUGAAGCAAGGCACGGUAAUGAUUGAGUUCAUCGAAGACUGA